AUGGCGCAAUCCGGCAAAUACCUUCUCGUCUCAUUCCCGACCUCUAUCGUCCCUUCGCAUCAUCGCGAUGACGCUCUCGAUGCUGUCUCGGCCACCGUCUCUCCCGAAAAUGGCUCGGUAGCCUCCUUUGCGAUCCCCGAAUUCAAGAUUGGCACGCUGGAUGCUCUUGUGCAGCAGGCGGAUGAGCUGGCAAAGCUCGAGGGCUCGUGUCAGGGCGUGGUGGCUAAGGUUGGGGAUGCGUUGAAGAACAUCUUGGAAGGGGAUGAGGCGCAAAUUGAGCGCAUGAAGGUCUACUUGCGGACGUUCUCGUGGAACAAGGUCAAGUACCGUGCGGAUAAAUCGCUGGCGGAGUUGAUUGAUUUGCUGCAUAAGGAAGCCGCCAGUAUCGACAAUGAUAUUCGAUCCAAAUACUCGCAAUAUAAUCAAGUUAAGAAUACGCUGGCCACGCUGCAAAGGAAACAAACGUCAGUCGACAGGGCUCCCUCGCCCACUACGAACUCGAACGAUCAAGCUAAUUCUCUCGCGUCCGUGAUUGAUCCGCGAUCUAUCGUGCAAAAUUCCGAGUACAUCGAGACACACUUGGUGGCUGUGCCCAAUCAGCUGGUCAAGGAUUUCCUCAAGACGUAUGAGACCGUGGCUCCGAUGGUCGUGCCUCGCUCAGCGCAACUCCUUGCCGAGGACAGCGAAUUCUCCUUGUUUGCAGUGACUGUUUUCAAGAAGCACAGCCUUGAGUUUGUGCACAAGUGCCGUGAGCAAAAGUGGAUUCCACGCGACUUCAAGUACGUUGAGGGCGGCAAGGAAGAAGAGCGCAAGGAAGUCGAGCGGGUGGGAGGCGACGAGCGCAAGCUUUGGGGCGAGACAUUGCGUCUGGGCCGAACUGCGUGGAGUGAGGCGGUGAUGGUCUGGAUUCAUAUUCUGGUUCUCCGGGUCUUUGUUGAGACUGUUCUGCGCUAUGGUCUACCGCUGGACUUUGUCUGCGGGUUGGUUCGGUCCCCAUCCUCAAAGCAAGCCGACAAGGCCAAAAGCAAUCUGGAGGCCAAGUACUCAUACUUGGCGGGCAAUGCCUUUGGACGGGACAAGAAGGGCCGAGUCAAGCGGGAUGACCCGAGCGAGAUGCACGCCGCCGGCGAGGGCAGUGCAGAUUAUACACCAUACGUCUUUUACGAAUUUGAAUUCCAGUGA